UUUCAGUUUACUUUCAUUGUUUAUUUGGCCAGUCGUCUAGAUACCACAAGGACCAAGAAGAGUCAUGAAAAGGAGGGUGUGGAAUACAACUUUGUUUCAAAACAGUCAUUUGAGAUUGACGUGCAGCACAACAAGUUUGUAGAACAUGGAGAGUAUAAGGAGAAUCUGUAUGGGACGAGCCUGGAGGCGAUACAGUCUGUCAUGUCUAAAAAUAAAGUUUGCCUUGUGGAUGUUGUGCCUGAGGCAGUGAAGCACUUAAGGACAGCAGAGUUCAAGCCAUAUGUUGUCUUUGUAAAGCCUCUUGUCUCUGAAAAGAAAAAGAACUCACCAGCCUCUCUGCUGACAGAGGAAAUCUUUGUCCCGCUUGAUGAGGAACAGCAAGAGAUGGUGAACUCAGCAGCCUUCAUUGAGGAACAAUACGGCCACUUGAUUGAUACUGUCCUGGUGAAGGAAGAUCUCCACAGUGCCUGCAGCCAACUGAAAACCAUACUGGAGAAACUGAACACAGACUGCUUUUGGGUGCCUGUCUCUUGGGUCAAGUUAUAGUCAGCAAUGGUCUGCCAAAAAAGAAGAAACAAAUGAAGAUAUAUUCCUGUUUGAUAAUAAUAGUAAUUUGUAAAUAGAAUGGAUGGUUAAAAAGGGAAAAUACUGCUGCAGCAGCCAGCUUGCUUGAAAAGCAGGAAAGAGAAUCCAUCUGCAACUAAAACCGUAUUCUGAUGUAAUCACUUCCUCCACGGGAAUGGAAUGAAAAAUUGCACAAUACAAUCCAGGGUAUGUGUGGGUCCCUUUAGACAGCAAUCUUAGAUUCUGGAUAUCUGAAUGGCUCUUUCAAAGUCUGCAACUGAGAUUCAAACUGUGGUCAUCUUGCUGAAGACUAAAUAACCGGAAAACAUUACAGAACAAAAAUGUGCUAACCCUGAAAUUUCCACAAUCCAUAAUAAAUGAGAGAGACCUUCAGUUAUAACUUAUAAUUUCAGAUAACACAAUAAUAAAACUCCCCCCCCCCUACUGAUUGACCAGGCAGAAUCAGAAGAGCAUUUAAAAGUGACAGUUUAUACUUUAGUAAGAGAGAAAUUUUUCUGGGCCAGCUGCAAAGCCUUUAAUAUUUUUGCCUGAAAAUUAACCACUCCGUAUAUUCUCUAUAUGUAACUAUAUUUUGAGACAUUAGUGAUUUAUUCAGAUUUUUUUUCCCUCUGAUUACCUCGGUAAAUUGCCUAAGUAAUGUGUUAAAUCAUGUACUCAAGGCAUUGGAAAAUGUCCCAGUUGUAGUCAGAGGACCACAAAUUUCUCAUGAGCAAAUGGUGAAGAAGCAUUUCUCCUCUAUUUCUACUUUGGGGCUGAAAAUGCUGAGGUAUCUGCGUCAUAGGCCAACCAGUUACCCAUUUUAGGUCAAGUUCAGCUUAGGCAAGUGGUCUGAAUUGUUAAAAGUGGCAAAGGAUGUUUGGCAUAAGCUCCAUCUUGCAGAAUUAUAGCUAAAGAUCCAUUGGGGGUCAGGACCACCCAAUAGCCAAGCCUGUACAUGGCUAGCAUAAUACUGGAUUUGCUGUGCAAACAUAGGAUUGGGUGCAAAGUUCAGCAUCCAGAAAUUAACUUAAAAAGCCAAGCAAAAUUUCCGUUCUUCCAAUUAUUGAAAAUGUAAGUUUUUUGUUUGCUCAUUUGGUCUUGGUAAACAACAGAAAUGGAACAUCCUUCAAUUCUAAGAACUGAGGUGAAGCAGCAUCACAACUCCCAAGCACUACAGUUAGCCUUCUCCAGAACUCCAUACUCAGAAUGAUUUGUGCAUCAUAAACGCAUGCAAGUGGUAUGCCUUGCUUUGCUUCGCUUAAUUCUUCUUUCAGAAUGAUAUUUUUUUGCAGAUAAUGUUGCUUUGGGGACUAUAAGGGAGGACGAGUUCUUGGGAGAAGGAGCAGUGACUUACCUGUAUUUUUUUUUUUUUCCCUGUACUGUUUUUAUGUUCCACUAUUUUUUUUUGGGGGGGGUGCAUUUCUUUGUAAAGAAAAUAUUUCCCAUAGAAGAAAAAACUCACCAAUCUUCCUAGAGCUCUUGGAUAUCUUAACCACAACAUUUAUCACCAAUCUGUCUUUGGAAGCUGAAGUUAUUGAUGUAUUUAUUUAGUUCUGUAGUUUUAAAACUGUGGGGAAAGUUGGGGCUUUGUUGAAACUUCAUAAUUAAGAUUGAUUGAUUGAUUAUGUGCCAUCAAGUUGGUGUCAACUCUUAGCAACCAUACAGAUAAUUUUUU